GUCAUGCUGUGGGAUGGACGAGGCCGAGCAGGACCAGUAUGAGGAGCGACUGAAGGAAGUCUUCCACAGUUUUGAUCACAGCGGCUCAGGUUCUCUCUGCCCGCAGGAACUUUCAGAUCUGUGCCAGGCUUUGCACCUUCAAGAGGCUGCACCAGUUCUCCUGCACUCCCUUUUGAACAGUCAGGAUGGCCUUAUUCAAAAGGUUGAUUUUGAGCAGUUCAAAGAUGCACUGAUACUUGUCUUAUCAACGACAAUAGGAGAGCCUUUGCAAAGUGAAGAAGUUUGCCAGCAGCCAGACUCUCCAGAAGUGAACCCUAAAUUUGUAAAGGCAGGGAAGCGUUACGGCCGUCGGUCAACCCCAGAGUUAGCUGACUCGGUCUCUGGGUUCUCCGGAGUUCCUGAGAUACAGCCAUUAAAGGAAGACCUUGAGGAGGAAGAGGAAAGCAGUUCUGUGCCCAGAAAGCGUGAGCGCUGGAAUGUUCAUUCAGACAGCACAGAGGAAUAUGAAGCUGAAGGUCAGCUGCACUUCUGGAACCCUGAUGAACCAGGAACCCCUCGCGGGGCAGCUGUGCCAUUGUCAGACAGGCUGGAGGAACGGCUACAUGAGGCAUGUGAGGACCUGGGAUUGUCUUUGGAUGGCUGUGCAAAUCGCCAUGACCUGCUAAACUUGUGUGAGCACUUGUGUCUAGAGGUGAAAGGGGAUGUUUUCCGAGGCCUGGAUGUUGAUGAGGUGCUAAAUGUACAGGAGUUUGUGUCCCAAGUCCUCAGACAAAGCAAGCCCCCAACCCCUUCAGCAUCCACCCCUUAUCGACAGCUCAAGAGACACCACUCCACUCAGCCAUUUGAUGAGACAGGUCGGAGGACAACCACACCCUCAGCCAUGACUAGCACCAUCAGCCUACGCUUGUUCUCUAGCCUUGAUGAUGGGACAGGAUAUACCCAUGCAGAGUAUAUUCUGGACGCCUGGCUAGAAGAAGGCAUAGCGAACAGCCCCGAAAUCCUGAAGGCGUUGGAUUUCUGCCUAGAUGGAAAAGUGAAUCUCGGCGAGCUGACCAUGGCACUUGAAAAUGAGCUGCUUGUUACAAAGAAUGGAAUUCACCAGGCAGUACUUGCCAGCUUCAAAGCUGAAAUUAGACACCUUCUGGAGCGGGUGGACCUUGAAAUUCGUGAAAAGGAAAAGCUCCGCAGUGACCUUGAGAAGGCUGAAAAACUAAAGAUGCAGUUGGCUGCAGAGGUCGAUGAGCAUCAUUCUGCUAUAGAGCGUCUCAACAAACUCAACAUCAGAAAACUAGAACAGGACCAUAAAGAGAAACUGGCUGCUGUUAGGGCUGAACUGACCAAAGAGAUUAAUAUAAUCCAACAACAAGCAAACCAGCAACGUGAAGAAUUUGAUAUAGAGAUAGAGAAGAUAAAGGAAGAGGUAGCCUUUCUAAGAGAGCGUCUCACCCUAAGUGCCAAGGAGAAUUGUCGUCUGGAGGCAGAGGUCCUGGAUAGCACAGAAAAGCUGGUUGAUGCAGAGAAUAUAAUCUGCAAGCUGCAGAGAAACCUGGAUAAUAUCAUCAAAGAAAAAUUUGGUGAUUUGGAUAUAGGAAGUGCAGAGUUCUUCCUGCAGGAGGAGCGUCUCCGCCAACUCCGAACUGACUAUGAGGAGCAAUGCAGGGAGCUGCAGGACCGUAUUGAUGAGCUGCAAACAGAGUUGGAGGAGUACCGUUCCUUCAACAGGGCUCCCCACAAUUUCCUCAAGCCCUCUUUGUCUGAUGAGUUUGAUAACAAGAGCCCUGGCAUUGAGUCUGACCAAGGUCUUGGAUCAGAAGAAAUCCAGCCCUUCAAUAUGAGCCUUGAGGCUGAAAUGCUUGUAGAAAACCUGAAAGCACAGCACCUGAGGGAAAUGGAAGAGAUUAGAGACCAGCUGGAAAGCAAGGUUAUUCAGUAUCAACAGAAAGUAGAGGAGCAAAGGGUGGCCUAUGAAGAACAGCAGAGCAUCUUGUCACUCAAGUGUCAGGAAGAGGUUCAGUCAAUACAAAAGAUGAUGUCUCAGGUCCAGGACAGAGUCCGUGAGCUCCAGAAUCAGCUUGACCAGGCAGAGGUGCUGCGUGUUCAGCUGGAGGAGAGUCAAGCAGAAGACCACAAAAAACUCAUCAGACGACAUGAAGAGGAGGUGAGCUCGGUAAAGCAGGAACUUCUACAGUCCCAAACAUAUGCUGAGGAGCUUAAGAAUCAAUUGAAGACCUUGGAGGAUUGUCAAGCCAGAAUAGAGCAGAGCCUUAAAGAAGAAAGGGAAGAACUUUUGAAGCUGCAAAGAGAGGAACAAAUUCAACUAGAGGAGCAUCACAAAGAGGAGCUGGAGGAAGAGAGAAGAAGGCUGCAGGAAGAAAGGCAAGAGGAGGAGAGAAGGUUAACAGAUAAGUGGGAGAAAGAGAAGUCUGAGUUACAGGCAAUCCAUGAAAAGCUGCUUCAAGUUAGACUAGAAGAACAGGGGCAGAUUCAAAAGGAGGCUAUGGAACAGGAAAGAAGACUUUCAGAACAAUGGGAGAAUGAAAAAAAUCAGCUUCUAGAGCAGCACAAAGUGCUAUUGGAAGCAGAAAAACUCAGAUUUUUACAGGAACAGGAAGAGGUAAAGAGAAAGCUUGUGGAUGAAUGGGAAAACGAGAGAGUUCAGAUGAACACCAAAGUGGAGCAUCUCCAAGCCAGACUACAAGAAGAAGAUGACAAAUUGAAGGAACAGUAUGAGGCACAGAGAAAGUUGUCUCAGGAGUGGAACACUCAAAGGGCUCAUCUUGAGGAACAUUAUGAAGGGUUUCUCCAAACCAGGCUAGAGGAACAACAAGCAAAACUUCUAGGUGAGUGGGAGGCGAAGGAGAGGAAACUGAUUGAGGAUCUAGAGAUGGAGAAAAUCCAGCUGGAGGAAAGCCAUAGAGAAGCCAUGCAAGAACUGAGUACCAAGCACAGCGAGGAGAGAGAGCGAUUGAGCGGUCUGUUGGACAAGCUCCGCAAUGACAUUGUAGAAGAAAGGAAAGAGCUGGAGAUCCAUUUUUCCCAGAGGAUAAAAGAGUUGGAAACGCGCUUCUCAGGAGACCAGGAAGCUGUGUCUGAACGUUUCCAGACUGAUGUUUCCAACUUGAAGCAAUACUACCAAAGUCAAUUGCAUGAUCUUUCUGAGUCUCACAGCAAAGAGAAAGUAAAGUGGCAGUCUGAGAUGGAAGCAGUUGUUCAGAUGGCUGAAAAAGAGAAGGCAUCCCUUCGCAGUUCUUUAGCUCAGGAAAAAGAAUCUCUCAAACAGGAUUUGAAGAGAGAGCAUAAUCACUUGGAGAAGCAGCACAAGGAGGAGUUGGAAGCAUUGAUGGUUUUGAAUCAAAAUCUCCAGAAUGAGCUCGAGAGGCUUGUUGGCAACGCACAAACUAAAGAAAUUGAGUUGAGCCGACAACUUAAUGACCUGCAUAACAGAUUCCAAGAAAACUUUGACACCAAAGAUCAACUUUUGGCUCAAUCAGAAGAAAAAGUCCAGCAGAUGGAAUUACUACUAAGACAAGCAGUUGAGGAUUUUGAGCUGGAGAAGGCAGAGCUGCAAGAUAGUCUAACAGAGCUUGAGGAAAAGAAUAAAGAAACAUUGGCCCUGGCUGAGAAGCAUGUUGAAGAGAAGAAACAGUUACUGGCUGAGAUGAACUACCUUAAAUCUAAGAUUUUGGAAAGAGAAGCAGAAGUUAAUCAGUUGUCACAUUUCAAAGAAUCCAGUGAAAGAUUGUCAAAGGAAAAUGAAGAAGCAUACAAAACUAUUGCUUUAUUGCAAAAUCAGAUUAAGUUAAUUAAGACUGAAACUGAAACUACAGCUAAGUCACAGCAGGUGAAUGCAUCUUAUCCCUUAUUUCAGGAUGUCCCUGAAACCGAGAUUUGUGAUGGUAUUGCUUCUGAAGAUGUUAGACUCAUCUCUGACUUAGAAUAUAUGCAGCAAGGAAAAGAUGAGAACAAUGAUAAUGACAUUGCUUCUGUUCAGGAAAAGGUAAGGCAGCUUGAGAAGGAAGUUGAGCUGAUUCCUAAGUUUAAAAAAGAAUGUGAGUUGGCAAUCAAAGAGAGAGACCUGUGCAUUCAAGAAAUAAUAGAAUUGCAAGAAAAAGUUGCUUGUUUCAGAGGGCAAGUUUGCCUUUUUUCUGAACAAAAGGAUCGGUAUGAUACCACAAUUGAAGAGAACGUGACUCUCCAGGAACAGAUCUCCCAGCUUCAGAACAAUGAACUUCAGCUCAUUCUCAAAGAAAACAAAAUGAGCAAAAAUGAGCCAAAUCAGCCAAAGAACUUCAAGGACAAAGCAUCUGCAAUGGUUGAGACAGUAAAAGAAAUUGAUUUUUCUGAGUGGCAGGAGCUUCAGAAAAGAUAUGAGGGGUGCACCUGUGAAAAUUACCUGCUUAAGGAAAAAAAUCGCAAACUGGAAGAAAAAGUUCUGAGCCUUGAAAGCAAAAUGCUGGAUGUGAAGGGUGAACAUGUUAAAUUUGAAGAUGAAAUGGUGAGGAUGAAAACACAGAACUCUAAACUUACUCAUCAGUUACAAGAGUUGCAAAAGCAGGAAGAUUCUUUUAUGAUCCUACAGCAGGAAGCAGACAGUCCAUUAACUGAGGCUAUGUCAGAGGAGACCUUUCAAGACUUAAACAUUCAGCUGGAAGCCAAGAUCCAAGCUGUGUCUGACUUAGAGGAGUGCUGCACUGAGUUUGAGAGGCAGAAUGCCAAACUGCGCCGGGCACUUACCGACUUGCAAAUGAAAUCUUGUAAAAUUCACCAGAAGAUGCAAGUGCAUAGAAAUGAGGCUGGUCGUCUAGCUGAGGAGAAUUUCAUUCUGAGGCAUAAGAUCUCUGCUCUGAAGGAAGAGGAUCUCCAAGAAACCCACAAAGAAAUGCUGAAUAAAGUUGACCAACUCAAGAAAGAGAAGGUCGCGGCAGAAAAAAUGGCAGAGAACUUCAAGAAACGGGUUUCAGAGCUACAUGUUCUUAAGCAGCAGCUGGAAGCUGAGAAUGAGAUCCUAUCGCAGAAAAACUUAAAGAACGCAGCUGACCUGCAGGAACUGAAUCAACAUCUCAGCAAUCUUCAGAGACAACACGAGAAAAAUGAGCUAAGCAUUUGUCAGCAUGAGGAAGUAGAGGAUCAUCUUCUCCAGUGCACCGAUACAAAGCUUUGUGGCAGCAAGGACUUGAGCACAGAACUAGCCAAUGCUGUGUCCAGGUCAGAAAAGCUGCAGGAGGAGAAGGAGGCUCUGAAUGAAGAACUGAGUCGCUGUGUGGAGAAGGUGGCCAAGCUCGGCGUUGUGGAAUGCCAACUCUCUGUCCUCCUCCAGGAGCGCCAGGCAAUGGAGAAACAGACACAGGGCCUCCGUGCCCAACUCUCAGUAGCACAAGAUAAGGUUGAGAGUAUGGAUGAAGCUUUGCAAACUAUCAGUUUACAGAGUGCACGGCUGAAGUCAGACCUUCGUGUCACCCAACAGGAAAAGGAGACCCUAAAGCAGGAAAUGAUGUCACUUCACAAGCAGUUGCAGAAUGUUAUUGAUAAGAACCAAGUUCUUGAGAUGGCAUUGCAUACAAGUGGGUACCAAAGCCAACACAAGAAACUAUACUGGGAUGAAAUGGCUCGUCUGGUCGAACAGGAGCAGCAGCUGUUGAGACAGGAUAAUGAACGGUUGCAGAGAGAAGUGCAGAACACUAAGGAGGACCUCAUUCGUUCCCGAGAGAAGACUCGCCAGCUGGAGACCACCGUCCUGUCUCUGAAACAGCAAAGGCCGCUAGGUCAGUCCAGCCUGGUGAGAGCAAUAGAGCAGGAGAAGGUUAGCCUGAAACGUGAGCUGGACUCACUGCACAAAGAGAUGGUUACUGCCAGCAAAAGGGCAACGGAGCACAGUGAGACUCAGCAGGAGCUUGAAAGUCUGCAGCAGGAAAAUGAAGGACUGAAGAUGCGGCUGGCUCGUCUAGAAGCUCAGCUGCUAGAGGCACUACAGGCUCAGCUGAGGGUUCAAGGAGAACGACGUGGACAGCAUCGUGGGGAAGAUUUAGGGAGUCAUGGUCCAGAGGUCAACCUCCAGGGUGUGCUGGCGGAGCAGCGGGUAGUGUACCCAGACACCUACCGGAGGAUCGGCAGACUGUGAUGUCUGUUCCUCGGCUCAACCGCUGAACCAGGCAUUUUUGUUUUUACCGCACUUGUUGAAACCCACACACGGCACUGAGUGGCUCUAUCUCCCUGCUGUGUCCUUUAGAAAACCUUGAUUCUUUUCUCCCCAUAAUCAGCAGGCAUUAAUAUUUAAGCCGAUUUACAAAUUGCUUUAACGAAAGGUAGUAAAGCUGAGGCACAGGUUGUCUUGCCAUAGAUGAGGUUAUAGUAAUGUGUAGGUUUUCAGAGUUCAGAAUUAUGUAUGCCUUCAUUUUAAUGAUACCAAAUAUUUCUAGCCCACCAUUUUCCAAAGAAAUCCCCUUUGUUGCUGAACAUCAUUCUACAGGGCAAGGUUUUAUGCAUGUCAUGCUGUUAUACAUGUACAAUUUAUGUGCAUGUAUAAUAAACUCAAGUUAAAUCCUUUUGUGACUUCCCUUUCAAUUACCACAGAAUAUCUAUAUAUCUCAGUUGGUAAUUAAGACAUAUUUGUGAAAUAUUUUUAUAAUUGUACGCUGUAGCUUUUAGCGUUUGGGGCAAAAAAAAGGUUGAACAAAAGACUUAAAAUGGGGUAAAUAAUUGUGCCACGUUUAACAAACUGCUUCUAUGGCUUUGGAAUAUAAGGAUGGUGAAAUCUAAGUAUGUAAAAUCUGUUAUUUAAAUAAUGCAAACUGAUUCUUGAUGCAAACAUGUUAUACAGGUUGAUCUUUUUUUUUUCCCCCAAUUUGAUUUAAGUGAAUUUUGAUUUUAUAAUUACUUGACAUUGUUGUCAACAAUUUGACUUGUUGCGUUUGGACUGUUCUCCCUUUGCUAUGUCAAACUGCUUGAUGUUGAUGCUUUGCUGCUGAUAGCGUUGGUAUAUAGCAAAUUUAACAUUCCUACACAACAGUACACAUACCUGCAUUUUUGUUACCUUACUGAUAUUCAGCAUUUUUUAAUGCAUACUAUUGUCAUUCUGGCUAUACAUGCUUUAUUCAUGCCAUGUUUACCUUUCUCUAACAUUUGCAGGUGGUGCAGUAUUUUUUCCAAAUUUUCAUUAUAUGAAGGAUUAGAAAUGUCAGUUG